ACACAGUCAAAUUACAAUCAUGACUUGAUCAUGAAUCAUUUAGGCUCUGAGGUGUAUGAUCCAAUGUCCCCACCUGGUGGUCACACCACACAGUUGCAUAAAUGCAGAGCAUAUCGGUUACCUUACUUCAUAUAGCAUCCUAUCGCAGACAGACAGGUGGUUCACUGGUGGGAAUAUAGAACCGUGCCCCGAUUGGCUAAUACGAUCUCCCUCUCCAUCCCUAUCGAUGCAUGCUGGUCAUUGUAUUGAUAACCUACUUGCGUAUUCCUUCGCAUCGAGCGUCUUCCCUUUGGCUGGAGAAAUAUUAGGCUACAUUCAUUCAGAUUGUAGCCGUUAUCAUAGUGAAUAAUAGGGGAGGAAGGCAGACAACAUGACCAUCAGAAAUGUACGGGAUCAUGGACAGAGGUUCCGACCGAGGAUGGCAUGUCUCAAAAAGGUGGAGUCUGUGAUGCUGGAGAUGCAGGAUCCAAAGACUGGAGUCAAGUCACAACCCCAGAGACUGGUUAUCACUACUAUACCUCACGCUAUCACAGGUGAGGACAUUGUGGCAUGGCUGACCAACUGCUACAGUAUAGAGGCAGAAGAGGCGUGGGCUCUGGGCACCAUGUUGGUGGCAUUUGGGUACAUCUACCCCCUCCAGGAUCAUAAGCGACUAGUCAUCAAACCAGACGCGUCUCUCUACCGCUUUCAGACACCAUACUUCUGGCCAGCCCAGCAGUGGCCUGUAGAGGACACAGACUAUGCAAUAUACCUGGCUAAGAGAAACAUCCGCAAGAAAGGAAUACUGGCGCUGUAUGAACAGGUGCAGUAUAACAGUCUUCACAAGUGGAUGAAUUAUAAGUGGGACUUCAUUGUGAUGCAGGCUAAAGAACAGUACAGGGCGGGGAAGGAGAGGAAGAAGCCGGAUCGCGUGGUGUUUGACUGCCAGGAGAGAGCCUACUGGGUGGUACACAGACCUCCGCCAGGGACCGUCAGUGCAAUGGACUACGGACUUGAACGCAUGGUAGACCCCAACACAGAGGAGAAACAAACUUCAGACUUCUUCAGAAGAAUUAUGAUUUUUACGCAGCAGUCCAUCAUGAGGCCGAGGGUCAAGUCAUCAGUGUCUAUCGGAGCUCUUGUGAAGUACUCUGUCACCUAUAAUAAGCACGACCCUUUCCUAGCCCCCUGUCUCCCUAGCAACCCCUGGGUAACUGAUGAUGUCACCUACUGGUUUCUCAACAUGGCGAAUGUGGGAAUUCCUACUAAGAUGCGUGUGGAGAGGUGGACCUUCAGUUUUGGGGAGCUGCUCUCUGACCCUCGAGGCAGAGAUGACUUCAGACUCUUCCUCAAGAAGGAGUUCAGCGGUGAGAACCUGGCGUUCUGGGAGGCAUGUGAGGAUCUGAAGUGGGGAACAGCCGCUACCAUGAAUGACAAGGCCCAGCAGGUCUACAAGACUUUCCUGACGCGUGGCGCCCCCCGGUGGAUCAACAUUGAUGGGAAGACCAUGGAGGUGACAGUUAAAGGGUUGAAACACCCUCACAGAUACGUACUUGAUGCAGCUCAGACACACAUCUUCAUGCUGAUGAAGAAGGACUCUUUUGGGCGGUACCUGAAGUCUCCAGUGUUUAAGGACACUCAGAAGAGGGCCAUCUGUCCUGACCAACACAUGUUCAGUGUGCCCCAGUUGGAGGCCAAUGCGAGGAAGCGUCGACCCAGCAUCAGUCCCAUCAUCGUCCGCCAGCUGGAGCAGGAGGAGAGAGCCAGGAUGGCCACCAGUGGCCCUGUGGACAUCACACAGGUCAUGAGCAAACUCAGCAACAAGGGCAAGGAGGUGCCCCCGUCCAAGAAAUAGACCAUAGACACACUCACAUGCAUAGACAUGAAUACACACACUUCUAUAAGCACAAACACACACACACACACACACACAUACACAGAAUACACACACACACACACACACACACACACACACACACGCACACACACAUACACAGAAUACACACCAGCUGAAAGCUAAGCAAUGUAGUUGCUACCUUUUACAUAUAGCUUGGAGUACAGCAAAGUUGACAAAUAGUGAGCAUUUGAAAUAAAAUGUACUAUUUUGAAUUUAUAUCAACUGUAUGCUGCCAUGGCCAGUGUAGCAUACAUACAUCAGACAAAACAGCUGGGAGAGUCUAUCUCCUCCAGUUAUGUCUAUCAGUCUGACUGUCAUUAGAACGCAAUACUACCACAGACACAAAGGUUUAAAAGCAUUGAAUGUUUCAAGUUAUUAAGUGUUUUAGUCUUGAUGGUAUGCCUCACUCACUGAGCAGUAUCACCUGUAUCUCAUUUUCUCUCACCUGUCAUCAGCAUGUUCUACCUAUAGGGACACAUCUGUGUCAUUCCACCAAUAGAGUGGCUUUUAUGUCCCUCAUACAUUAUGUGUGUACAUUUUGAUAAAACAUUCCAUUUAACAGUUGGAUCACAUACAUCUACGUUCUGACUUACACGACAUGACCUAAAGUGGCCUGAAUCGCAGUCUGCGUUCCAAUUCAUCCCAAAGGUGUUCGGUGGGGUUGAGGUCAGGGCUCUGUGCAGGCCAGUCAAGUUCUUCCACACCGAUCUCAACAAACCAUUUCUGCUUGGACCUCACUUUGUGCACCAGGGCAUUGUCAUGCUGAAACAGGAAAGGGCCUUCCCCAAACUGUUGCCACAAAGUUGGAAGCACAGAAUCAUCUAGAAUGUCAUUGUAUGUUGUAGCAUUACGAUUUAUCUUCACUGCAACUAUGUGGCCUAGCCUGAACCAUGAAAAACAGCCCCAGACCAUUAUUCCUCAUCCACCAAACUGUACAGUUUGCACUAUGCAUUGGCGCAGAUAGUGUUCUCCUGGCAUCCGCCAAACCCAAAUUAGUUCGUCGGACUACCAGAUGGUGAAGUGUGAUUCAUCACUCCAGAGAACCUGUUUCCACUGCUCCAGAGUCCAAUGGCGGGGAGCUUUACUCCACUCCAGCCGGCGCUUGGCAUUGCGCAUGGUGAUCUUAGGCUUGUGUGCGGCUGCUCGGCCAUAAACCCAUUUCCAGACAAACAGUUGCUGACGUUGCUUCCAGAGGCAGUUUGUAACUCGAUAGUGAGUGAUUUUCUUUACGCGCCACGUACCUCAGCACUCGCCAGUCCCGUUCUAGCUUGUGUGACCUACCACUUUGCGGCUUAGCCGUUGUUGCUCCUAGAUGUUUCCACGUCACAAUAACAGCACUUACAGUUGACCUGGGCAGCUCAAGCAGGGCAGAAAUUUGAUGAAUUGACUUGUUGGAAAGGUGGCAUCCUAUGAUGGUGCCACUUUGAAAGUCACUGAGCUCUUCAGUAAGGCCAUUCUACUGCCAAAGUUUGUCUAUGGAGAUUGCAUGGCUGUGUGCUCGGUUUUGUACACUUUUCACCAACGGCUGUGGCUGAAAUAGCCGAAUCCACAAAUUUGAAGAGCUGUCCAUACUUUUGUAAAUAUAGCAGUGUUGUGUUCGAGACCACAUAAAGCGAGAACGAUUCAAGACCAAGACUGGAUGGGCGGCGAGUCCAAUUCAAGACCAUGAUUGUAAUUUUGUCAAAUCACCACCAUAAUAAGACUGAUUUGAUAAUGAGUUAAAAAUGGCUGCAUAGGACCUUUAAGCUUGUAUUUAAUUGCUCCUCACCACAACAAACUUCUGAUUACUUUCAGUUACACACUGUCACAAGGGGAGCUAUGGAUGAUUUAAGAUGAAAUCGACAAACCUGUCACGGUCAACCUUGUCAAUUUUCACUUUUCUAGUCAUUUUUCUUAAUUUGACCUCUUGAGAUGGGGAAACAAUUACACUACCCUAAAGGUGCCCUAUUUGUGGAAUGACACAUACUGUAUGUUGCAUGUCAUUAUUGUAACUUCCAUCCAAUAAAGAGUCUAUGUCCAGGA